CUUGAAGGUAAAUAAGUUAGCACGUACGUGUCGGUCGCAGAGAGCAAGUAGUGUUUAGAAGGCUUCAAAAUGGAAUUCAGCUUUUUAACCUUUCUGAUUUUCUUAUCUGUAGAUUUGAUAAGUGGAAUUGAGAUGAAUUAUGAAUAUGUUACAUGUGGUUCAGUAUUAAAGUUAAUCAAUUCCCAACACGAUGUUCGACUACAUUCCCAUGAUGUUAAGUAUGGUUCAGGCAGUGGACAACAGUCUGUGACCGGAGUUGAUUCAUCAGAUGAUCAUAAUAGUUACUGGCAAGUUCAACCUAAAACUGGUGCUACUUGUACCAGAGGAGCACCGAUAAAAUGUGGACAGAGUAUUCGAUUAACACAUCUCUCAACUAAACGUAAUCUUCACAGUCAUCAUUUUCAGUCUCCAUUAUCACGUAACCUUGAGGUCAGUGCAUUUGGUGAAGAAGGAGAUGGAGAUGAAGGUGAUAAUUGGGUUGUUACAUGUUCUGGUAGAUAUUGGAGUAGAAAAGAUCAAGUUAGAUUUAGACAUGUUGUAACUGAACAUUACUUACAUGUGAGUGGUGAUACCUUUGGUCGACCUAUAAAUGGACAAAGGGAAAUAAGUGCUCAUCCAUCACCAAAUAAUUUGAAUUACUGGCAGGCAGCUGAAGGUAUUUUUGUAAAACCUGCUCCAGACCCAAAUACAGGAACAGUAUUAGAGCAUGAUGAAUUAUGAUGUUAUUAAUAUUUAUAAAUUAUAUAUAUCAGAGGUCAUUUUAUAUAUUUUGUUAGUUACAAGCUUUUAUGAUAGUGAGGUCCACUUCACACAAAUCUAUUUUUCAUCUGAUUCAACCAACUGUUCAUUACAAGAAAAUAUUGGACUGAUUUUAUUGAGUUUCGGGUAUUUUAGAGUUGCUCAUAUUGUUUAUGUUCCUUUCAUAUUAAAAUGGAACAAAAUUAUUAGAUCUUGGUCAUGUUUCACAAAGCUCACUUAAGACUACACGUAAAUCAAACAUUUAAUUUGUGAACUCUGUGACACAGGACUCCUGGGCUUUUAUUGGUUAAAACUGAAAUCUCUUACAAUAAAUUGUAAACUUAAGUCCCGGCAUACCAGAAUAAGUGUUAAAUACUGAGCUUGAUCCACAGAUUAAUCUGAUUUAAGAGAACUAACUAGUUCAACAAAUUGAGAAUAGAAAUCUGCUUGAAUAUGUCUUGUGUGUGGUGGGCUUGAAUAUGUUUGAAUGCUAAAUGAAGAAAAUCUAGGCUAGUAAUUAUUAGUUGAUAAAGAAUCUCCACUUAUUAAGAAAGGAGAACAUUUAAUAAAGACAACUAAUGGGGAUUGAACUGAAGAAAGUGGAUAGUGUUGGGUUAUUUGGGAAGGGUAGGGGAUAUCAACCAUGUUCAUGUCUUUAAAUACCAGUAUAUGUUCGGUAAAUUUGUAAACAUUUGUUUUGUACAAUAUGUUAUAUUAUUGUUUAUUGUGAUUGUGUAAAUAGUCAAAUUGACUAAUGUUAGGAUUGUAUCCAAACAUGUUGAAGUACUGAUUUAAUAACUUAUUAAAGUCCCCAUAUUUCAGAGUUAACCGCACAUAAUAUAGACUUUCAGAAUAUACCAAUAAAAAGUAAUUUUACCUUAAGAUGUAUUACAAAAUUUUUAAAAUUGAUCAGGUUGUGACCAUUGAAAUUUCACAUUACUUUCAAGUAAUUUCCCACUGCCAUCUUGAAUUUCUUGCAAUUGUUUGAAGGAUAACUGAUGAUUAUCCAUGAGGUUAAAAAAAUAUUUUCAGGCCACAAUUUUGUUAAAGCCCCAAUAUGCCAGAAUAAAGAUAUUGGUCCAAGAGUUAUUUAAAUCAACCAGUUCAAACUUAAUUUUACAUUGUCUACUGUCUAUUGAUUUCCCGCUGCUGUCUCUCUUUGACAAAUGUAGUAAUAAUUAUGCUAUAUUUUUCAUACAAGUUUGAAGUUUUUAUAUACUCACAUAUGUUUAAAUACAUAGUAAUAAUAACAGAUUUUACAUUAAGGAAGUAGAUAUUGUUGACUUUUGAAACACAUGUAUGUGUAAAGGAAAAUGCUUAUUAGUCUUCUGUCAUAUUGGCUCUUAACUCAUUUACCUGUCACUUUAAAUUUGGAAGACUUCAUAGAUAUUUUCUUUGUGGCUUCUUAUUCUUCAGUCGAAACAUGAUUUCAACCUGGGAUGGGAUUUAGCCCGUAUAUUCCGGACUUGUCCGACGCUAUUUUCCAAACGCCCAAAACUGUCCGACCGGGAAUGUGCCCAAUCGGACAUCAAGACAUGGUGAAUAAUAUUUAAAAUUCCAAAAUUAAUAAUAGUUUACUGAGUGUAUAACUACCACUCAACCCGAUUAUCGUUGAUAAUACGCUGGAUUGAUUAGGUAAUUAAGUGAUCAACGUAUUUAUCGUGUUAUUCCGUCUCUACAUACACCUACCUUGAUUAACUACUUAAUCUGCCUUGAUUGAUUGACUUAAUCCUUUGUCGGACAAUUCAUCAAUCUAAUCUUAAACAGACUAUUCAUCAAUCCAAUAAGAGUGAUUAUAAUUUUAAUCUACGAGUUUACCUCGUGAUUUCUCCAUUGUCGGGCGUUUCAAUCUCCUUGAUGUCGGCCGACAACACGUAGGAAUUAGUCAUAUAUGUCACAUAUCCUAAUACUACAUACACCCAAAUCAAUAUACGUUGUAUCCGAUAACUGUUAAAUUAAGGCCAUUGUUUGUUAAGUUUAUUUAUAUCUUAGUAAUGUACAUUUUCAUUCUAUUGAUAUUUUCAUCAAAUACUGUACAUGUUGCCAUUAAGGAGUUUUUAUGAUAUAUUAAAAUUAUAUCAUAUUUCAAUAUUUUAUUAUUAUAUUAAUGUAUUAUGUACACGCAAAUUAUUGGCGAAUACACCAGUGUUCGUUUUGUUUUUUGAAAAUAAAAAAUUGGAAAUCA